UAGCAUUCGUUUGAUGACUAGUAGGAAAGCAUUUCUUCUGAAACAAAAAAUAUAUCAACAUAGAUCUUCACAAGUUAACUGAUACAUUGAAUUCUUGUACAUCAUCAUCUUCAUCACAUAACUUUGAUGGGCUACACCAAGUGCUAUUCACAUGAUACUUAUUGUACAACAUCAUAAGUUUCUGCGAAUAGAUUCUAUCACGAUUGAUCGACUUCCAAGAUUACAGUCAUACCUCAGUCGUAUUACAGCUACUUUGUCAAUUAAUACUUUUACUGAUUCGAUGGAAGUCCUCACUAGAUUUUUACUCCAUAGAAAUACUGACUUUGAAAAGUCCUAGGUAAAUCUCAUUAAUACUUUUACUGGAUACGGAAGAUGACGAGCAAGAUGUUUCCCCAACGUGUGCAUCCUGGGCAACAGGUGGCCGCGAGUCAGCAAUUGGGAUCCUCUCUUAUGGUGAAAGCAAUGAUUUUUUAGCGAGAUCGUCUUUGUUUAGCAGCUUCGUUCUUUGAAGCGAUGUAUCAAUGUUGGUUAGAAAUAACUCAAACUUCGGAUUCAACUCCUACGUUGAAUUUCGAUUUCGAGUCCCCUUGUAACACGACUUGAAUCCCACACUAUUUUCCACCUCCUCUAACUCCUUCGCCUCCUCACAUCAACUUGCGCAGAAUCGGUUGAGUGCUACUCGGAGUCCGGUUCUAACUCGUGCGGAUAAUGAUGCUCGCCAGCAGCUGUUUAACGAUGUCAAUGCGAAGAUAAAUGAGUGGCAGACGAAACUCAAUGACGAUAAUGCAAAAUUUACGGCAGGAUGGGAACAGGUAAGUAGUUGUAGUUCUAUUGUUCGCGCAAAAAUGGGAAAAGCUAAAAAGGAGUAUUAGUCCUCUCAUUCUACGACCUUUUUGAUAUGCAGCAGAAGAUAUGAAUAAAUAUGUUGUUUAAUUAUCAAAUAUUAAGUAACAAGUUGAAGUUUUUCGAAGUUGUAGUAGAUUGGCAGCCAGCAUGUUGAUGUCCACCAAGAAUGCAUCCUUCAACAUCUUUCCAGAUGGAGCAAAGAUGGGAGCAGCUGGAGAAAGCGCAAAAUACUUUCAAUCGACAGCGAGAAGAGGAGAUGAAACAGCGCGAAGCCAAAGUUGCAGAAAAAGCCAGGUAACUAACGUGUUUAGCGAUGAGAUGUGGGGUGAUUACAAUAAUUUGAAGUGAUAUAGCUACACUAGGGCUCAGGUUUUAGGGUGGCUUAGGCUUUUUUUAGGCUUAACCUAACCUAAUAUCAGAUUGUUGGAGGAAAAAACACGAAUUGAAAAGGAUAUUGAAGGGGCGAAGGAACGAACGCGUUUAGAAGUGCAAGCAGCUGCAGAGGAAGAACGCGCGAAGCACAGGGAAACGUGGGAAGCUGAAAAACUGAUACACGAUGCCGAAGUGCGAGCAAGGGAAGAAAAAAAGAAAAUUUAUGAUCAGGCAACAAGAUCAACAGCUGUCUUUCACAACUAGCUCUUUAUCUUCUUUUUAGACCAUUAUAGAAGCAAGGAGUCCGCGGGUAUAACAGAUAGAGAAGGAACAUUCACACUAUAUAUACUUUUUAACAAAACCUCCGUCAUCGAUCCCGACCAUGACCAGCUUUAGCAUCCCUUUCUUUCUUCAAAUUGUGUGGCGCAUUGAGGACAGUGCUGCACUUGCAGACGCGAAAGCUGCGAUUGAAAAGCAGCGAAGCGAGCUAGUAGAGAAGCAAGCAGAUAUUGAAGAAAGGGAGAAAACGCUGGAAGAAAAAGAGAAGAAGUAUCUAUUCAUCUUUCUAUGUAGGAGUGGUCGUUUGUUACAAGAAUGCGAUGUAGAGGUGGUCUAAAUUGUACUACUUCCAGGAAGUAGUAGGUUGCUUUCUCUUAUUUAAAGUCAUUACCGAAGAUAGUGUUUUAAAUUCUAAUAUUUUUGAAAUCAUCAGCACUUUAUUCAACAUCGAUCAUCUUCAGGUACGAAAUCGAGCAGAGUCAGAUCAAAACUGGUCAAGAAGAAAUCGAUGCUAUACGACGUGAGGUGGAACAAGAGAGGGAAGCAGCCCGCACCCAGCGGGAGGCAGUAGAACGUUUGGAAACAGAAGGCAUGGAAAAGUUAGGUUCUUGGGUUGUAACGAGACUACUCGAAUAGUCAAGAUAAGCGAGUAAGUAACACAAAUACCGAGUACCUGAGAUUAUUCCCUAGCAGGCUCGCUUACUUCAGGUUUUCGAUUAGAAGGCAGAGUAGGUGGAAGAGGAUACCCAUCAGCGGAGGACAUUGCCAUUAUUGAGUAACACCUACACCUGCUUCAGCCAUUUUUCUUGAUGUUGCUAAAAACAAGUGUCUCCUCCAGUAUCUGUCUCUAAGAAAUCUUCGAAAAGAGCACGAGAGCGCUCUCGAGACAGCUCUCGCCGCACUGAAAACGGAGCAUGAGACUGUGGCAGCGCAAUCCAGACAGACUCUCAUGGAAAAAGAUCGAGAAGUCGUGGACAAAGAUAAAGAAGUAUGCACUCUUCGAGAGGAACUCAAGGAUCUUCAGACGAAACUCGAACAGGCAGCUCAACAGCUUCAGGUACAAGGAAAUGUUGUUGUUGUGCCUCCAACUUCUCAUCAAGUAGAGACGACGGAACAAUUGCCUGCUGUUAUCGGAGAAGAUACUCCCAUGGAAAAAGCGGAGGAAGUAAACUUUUCAACUGCUGCUGGUGCAGAAAAGGGCGACGAAGCUGGUACAGCUGGUGGCGCGUGUGGAGGCAGUGCUCAACAGCGCGAAGUAGACAAAAAAGAGAGUGAUGAUCAUGCUAAAAAAGUUUCUAUAGACGACGAGGUCGCAGUUGAACAAUCUGACGAGAACAAUUCACCUGCUGCUGCUGCUAAUGCUGUAGCAGUAGAGGAGAACGAAGGGAGCACUGCUAGGCUGGAGGAACAAGUAGAACAAGCUUCAGCAAAUAGAGCGGACGAGUCGGAGAUGAAUUUAUCUCCUGCACGACCAGCCUCUUCUGUUGAUUCUCCUGCUGCUGUAGAGGAAACUCCAAAGGAAGAAGCUGUCGAUUCUCCUGCUCUCCCGACGCUGCUAGAUUGUAAUGAUAACAACGCAAAAGCAGGAGCCGAAGAUGAGGAUGUAGGACAACAGGAGGGACGAGAAGGAGGACAAGGACCAUCCUCCUCAAGGAAAAGCGUUUUGUCAGCACCAGAGAAGCGACGAUCUUCUGUUGAACAAGCUGCUGCUGAAAAGAAAGGUAGUAGUAGUAGUAGUAGUAGUAGUAGUAGUAGUAGUACUUCUGGUGGUCUCUUGGCGACUGCGAGUGUGGUCGUGGGAGACGAGAUGGCAGUGACGGGAGAUGCAUCUUCGACGAAAGCAGGAGUCGAGGAAGCUCGUCCGGGAGUAGCUGUCAAUCAAGAAGUUCUUGUAGACCAAGUUGAAAAAGGACCAUCGUCCACUUCUCUCAAGGACGAUGAACCAGAACAAACACCAGCCAAAACAGAAAGUCGAAUAAAGCGGGAGGUAUUACUUAUACUUUUUCUUUGUGAUAAGCACUUGAAAUACAACAACCGGUUCGUUUUUCCCUCUUUUCUUAGGUGUACCCCUUCAAGCAAUGUGUUGUCUCUUUUUUAUCGUACGAGAGUAGAAGAGUAGGAGUACGAGGACAGCAAUGUAGGAAGAUAAAGAUCCAGCUCAUGCUCAUGCUCAUCUUGCUCUGAUCCACAUCCACUUUCCCAACACAGAAAGAGGAGGAGUUUGCUGACAUCGAUAAGUUUGUUACGAACCGAAUGUUGCAAGAGAAGCAAACACUGGAAGGAAAGACCUCCACGAAUGAUGAACAAUUAUGGUCAACAUUUAGUGUCCAUCAUUCUCGGCAUCUUGGUCCCCUUUUCCCUGGAUUCUCGUGAAAUACAAGGUAUAAGGGACCCCAAGAAAAGGGUGGCCGAGAUGCAAUCGAGUCGCAGACUCUAAAACAGGGCCAACUAUCAGACGAACAACAAGGAUCUUCAUCCACUUCCCCUGAGCAAGCUGUUCCACCAGCUGCCGCAACUGCAACCGCCGCUCCUGUGCCACCUAAUAGCUCCACUUCGCCACUGAAAGAGAUCGAUGCCGUCACCUGUUCCGCAUUUGUUGAGGACGAAGGAGCCGCGUCUGCUUGGAAAGGUACAGAGCGCAACAAGCAGGUCAAGGUGACUGACGAAAUCUGGUCCGUUAGUUCCCAUGGUUCGAUGCCGACAAGUUCUCUGGUGGCUCCUUAUCAUGGCGUUGUAGCUGAACCGCAGCAAGGACACGUCGCUAUGAUGCCUGUAGACCAAGGCCAAGCUGCAAUGAUGGCGGGACACAACGCUGCAUGGGGCUCGACGACUGCUGCAGACUAUCAUGGCUCUGGCUGGAUGGGCGAACAAUCAGGCUGGCAAGCGCAACAACACUGGACUACAAGGCAGCCCGUGCAUCAUGGCGCCGCUGGGUACUAGACUCAUACAUUUAGAUUGACUUAAAUUGCGCUAGGUUUUCGUGUCGUUAUUCACAGUUCUUCUCAUCUUCUACCUGUCGAUGUUAUACCUAAUAGAUUUAGUUUACCAUCAGCAAGAGAACCAAACCAUGUUGAUAAUGCCUCACCACAGGUAUAACGCUGCUGCGGAACAACAGCCUGCCUACCCACCACCUCCUGUGCCGCGAAAAAAUCAUGGCUAUCACGAUUCCUACGAGACUUUGAACUCUGGUCGGCGUCCCGAAAAUAAUAAUCAUCGUGAAGCGAAUGCGAAUAAAGACUCUACUACAUCUAGUACUCAUAAAGAAGCUGCGGCUCUCGGCGUUUAUUCUGCUACUGUUGUGCCUCCAGUUGGUGCUGUUGCUGUAACUACUUCUGAACAACCAGUCCCAGGCAUUGGUGUUGCAGCAGCCCCGUCGCUUCCCGAGAGUGCGAUUGGUGCUGGAUGGGCCGACGAAGCCGUGGUUCCGCAAAAUGGAUCCAGCUCUCAGGACCAUGCAUCUCAGUCGAAGACCAAGGAUGCCGAGACAGCAGAAGAAACGACUCCUGUGGAAGCUGCGAUAAAGGCUGCUGAGGCGGUGGCAGAAGCUGCAGCUUCUGGGAAAGGUAAUAGAUAGAAGGUACAUCUAGGAGGGACUUGGAGUUGGUUUUGAGGCGGUAGUUUUCGUGGAAAGAGGCCGAUCUGCCGACGAGAAUCCUUUUUGUCUACGUACUAAGUAAAGGUAAUUACUCGAAGAGAAACAACAUUGACUUAUAGUUUUGCUUUUCAAUCAUUACAGACGCAGCAGCACCAGAUGGAGAAGAAGCGGUGCCCGCAACUAGCGCAGCAAAGAACGAAGGCGAUUCGCCUGGAAAUGUAGUUGAUGUAGUUGGUGAGACUCAAACUAGUACAAGUGAAAAUCCUGUUUCUGGUACCGAAAAAGCGAACAAGGAGCCAGAGGACAACGCGACUGGUGGCAUUCCCGAAGUAGAUUUUGGUCAAGAGGCAGCAGCACCUACUUCGGAGAUCACGAAUCCCUCUGCAGCGACUAAUAAGGCAACGAAUGAACCCAUCACGUCUGGACAAACAGGGGAUCAUACGAGUGGUAGUGCUGAGAACACCAACAGGAAGAUGGAGGAGAACGACGAUCCUCCGAAUACAGCGGGUACAACUACAAGUACAUCGAGAACUCAGCGAGUACACCAGGUUGAAGACGGAUACCACAACAAGAGCAUCGUCCAACAGCAUCGAGCUCAGCAGUCCAUGGAACGCCGUCGGCCCAGUCGAUCUCGCUCUAAAGAAGUACUACGUGGACGAGGAUACUCCUCUCGUUCGCGCGCUGCAGAUCGGGGGCAACGCAACACCAGAGGUGGUCGUUACGGCACGGUUGGCAACAGUCGCUACAACAAUAUGGGGCCAUCUCUCGGAGGUAGCGACGGAGCCAGCGGAGUGCGAGAUCAAAGUUUGCCUGCGAUUCGAGGCGGAGAGCAAAACAAUGCUGAUCAAAAAGGACAAAGUGCUGAACAAUCUGGUGGACCUGGAAACCAUCUUCCAGUUUCCAAUCCUGCUUCCACGACUGUGUAUAACCGAUUUACCGCUGGGGCUCCGCCUAGUAGUACCGAUAAUAACAGAGGAGCAGGAGGUGCGAAUCAUCGUGGUGGUGGAGGACGAGGGCGCAACAAUUCGAGACAGCGCGGAGGAGACACCACCAAUAACAUGCUGCCCUCUCGAGGAGGUGCUGGAGCUGGAAGCGUAAACAAUGCAGCUAGCAGUGACCGCAUGAUGAUCGACCGCAACACGUUGAUGAACAACAGUGCUCGAGGCAAUAACAAUAACAGUAACUACAACAAUAUUCGAGACAACAAUAAUCUUCACGGCCCUCGUAGUGGCAACAUGGGCGGAGGUGUUCGUGGACGAGCAAUGUCCCCAAGACGUAAUGGUCGAGAGCGUCGCUCUCGCUCGUCGCGAAAUCGGACGCGCACAGCCGGACGUAAUCAAGACUCGCGCAGCCGCAGAAAUUUUCGUGGUGGACGAGACCGAUUGCAAGUCGGAAAUAAUCGCGAUCAGCAUGGCACUAGGAACACCCCGAACGGCUACAACAAUCAGCACAAUGCAGGAGGAUCAUCUUCACAGGCAGGUGGAGGGCAACACGGAGGACAGGAUAGCAACAUGAUCGACCGCAACAAUCUGCAGGGACAUCGUAACAACAACAAUUUCUAUAAUCAGGGAGCCUACGGAGGACGACAUAGCGACCAGAGGCAUUCGAUGCGGCCACCUUUCGGUGUACCCAACAGGGGAAGCACUUGUAAUAGAGAAGUGCCACGCGUUAACGUGUCUGUCUCUACGGCCAGAGGUGAGCGAACGGUACCGCAGCUCUCGCGACAAGAUCAUCAUGCUUCAACAAGAGGAGAGCAUGCUUCAACAAGAGGAGAUCAAGAUCGUGUUCAACAAUACGGCAAUCCUUCAUUGGUUUCGUGUUCCAGCAGCAGUGGCGUUUCUGCACAAGAAAGUCAAAGUAUUUCUGCAAGUUGCUCUUCUUCCAGUAGUACCUCGACCUCGAAUGUGACGUCUGCGAACCCAUCUGCAGCAGCGUCACCCCGUGAAUCAAACCACAGCGAUAUGAAUGACGGCAACAGGCGUCGUGCUAAGCCUGGACGAGUGUACAACAAUGCUGCGAACAUAUGUUCUAUGGUCUCAACGGCUUCUGAAGCCAGGGCGGCAGCUCCAACUGGAGGUGCGGCAGAAGAUGGUGGAGAAUCCACAACCAAUUACAAAUCCUCUUCUGCCACAGACACAGAAAAAGCAGCGGGAGAUCAAGACACGACAACUAAUGCUGCUGCGAAUGCGGAGGCUGAUACUCCUGGAGGUCGUGCUGUCGAGAAGUCAGCAAGAAAGAGUGUUGCUGAUGCUGCAGAGGACAAUGCUGCACAUGAUUAUAUACCGGAGGCUGGCGCUGGUGUCGCAGAAGGUCGUCGCUCUCCUAGAAGGAGCACAGGGGGAGACGAAGCUGAGAAACGUAGAAGCAAUGCUUCGCAGCAUCAAGAGGAGGCCGCGAGUAAACGGGAGGACAAUGACAACUCUAAUUUUGUGGGAGAGGGCAGAAAGAGGGCAAGGUCUCAGGACUCCUCCGAUGGAGAGCGUGAGCGAAGUGAGUCCGCGAGCUCAGCAGUUGUAGCAGAGAAACAAGUAGGUGCUGAGAAAAAACACAACAAGACUGAGAAAAAGAACAAAAAGGACACCAACAAGUCUUCAGGUGGUGGAAAUAAGAGUAAGAAAGCCAUGAAGAAGGACGGUAAGGGUUCGGGGAGCAAGGCGAAGAAGAACAAAAGCAAAAAGGACGCUUCUGGAGACCAGGUCAGGAAGGACAAGACGAAGUCCAAAAAAGACAAUGGGCGAAAGAAAAAGCAGAAUAAGAAGAACAAGAAAGAUCAACAAGCUUCCAAAAACGCCAAAAAGCCAUCUUCUGACUCCGAAAACGAAGAUGCCCCCGCUCCUAAAUCACCUACAAAUCAACAGCAACAGAAUAAUACACAAGAAAAUGCAAAUUCUGCUUCAGCUUCUUCAUCUAGCUCCGCAACGGGAGUGAGCAAAGACAUCGAGAUGAAGAAUAAGCCAAGAGUAGAACGUAGUCCUCGCAGCUCACGCUCUGACUCUUCGUCGCGAUCGCGCAGUCCCCAAGUCAGCAGUCCCAUUAGUCCGAAGCGUAGUGACAGAAGCCGAUCUUCAGAUGAGAGGACGAAGAAACAUAGAACUAGUGGUCGUGGUCGAGAGGAAAAGGCAGAUGAAGAGGAAGAUGGGAAGAGGACUUCCGGUAAUAAAAGGGACUCUACUUCUUCUCAACAACAGAGGCGACCGGAAGCUCAAACAGCAGCUGCGUCGAGCUCUUAUGGGUUAUUUUCGAAAGAUUCAUCAGUCAGGAGAACACAAUUUUCCAAAAUGUUGUUUCGCACACCUCCAUGCAGUCUUGUUUUUUCCACAGGGUCGGUUGGUACUUCGGUUUGAAGAUGUCUGCGCAAUCGACGUUCAUAUAUUUUAAUCACUAAACUUAAUGCAGGGGUUAGUAUCCUAAACGACCUACAAUCUAGUCCUCUCAUCAUAUGAAACUCAACAAACUCACAAGCAUGCUAGUGUUUUCUUCUUUCAAGAUGUUGGCACUACCUGCUCUAAGAUAGCCAUGCGGCGAGUAAGGAAUCUUCAGAAGCUCCUGCAGGGACCGGAGUGGAUGCGGCAGGCUCUCGAUCGUCAUCGCAUGCUCGGAGCUCCCGAUCUCGUUCUCGGAGCAAACGAUCUGAUAGCCUAAGCGAAAGCCUUUCACAUUCGAAAAGUUUGAGCGGAUCGUCCAAGUAGACAAGAAGUGCUAGAGCCGAUUGUCCAUCAAGUAAGAAGAACGAUUCAAUAUGUAUCUCACAGAGUUUUUAAAAGACAUGAAGCUAAAGCCGUUGACUGCGCUGUUAUGUAUUUAUCAAUCUGCCCUAUAGAUGGGGGGUUUGUUAGAGGAAAACUAGAAAUAAAAGAUCAUGGCCACCACCCAGAUACAACACCCGUGCAUGGAUGCGAAGGCAGGAGUCGUUCCUUUCUUUGUUGUAUGGUAUAAUAGAUAGACAUACAACUACAAACGGAGAAACACAAAUAUAAAAUUGGACUUGAUAUAGUGCCUGCGCUCCACCAUCAUGAUUACAGUACUACAUGCGGCGAAAAUAUUGAUGUUUUUUUUUCUCACCAACCAUCCAAUAUUUGAAUAAAUGUUGUCCGGAUCACAAUUGAUCGCAAUCUAGUCGUUCCACAUAUUUACACAUUGAUUUAGCUUUUCCAUUGGUCGUGAUCGUGUUGGUUGCGAUCGGUCGGUCGAUGCAAAUGUUUGAAAGUACAACUUAAGCAAAGUUUUUCGAAGAAAACAAGAACUCCGCGAUACCUUUGAAAAAAACCCAGCCUGUUUUUUUACGAUCGGAAAAAACGAAUGUUUACCAACAUUUUUAUUCCGUUGUCGGCAUAAAUUACAUUCAUGCUCAUGCUCAUGACCACUGUUUUUUUUUACAACCCCCGCGUAGUCUUAUGUUGAUCAUUUUCCACAACAUGCUUGUAAUCUUGUCCUUCGUCAUUUGAUGAAAGUAAGCAUAUUGAUGCGUCUAUCAUUGUUCUAAAAUACAACAAAGAACUUUGAACUUGAUUCAACUCUUCUCUUCAUAGAACUAGAACGGCACCUUCACUUCAUGACCAUUGAUUACCACAAUAACCACACAAGCUGUUGAUCUUGAAGACCCAAUUUGGAAAUAAGGCGCGCAACUCUUUUCACCGUUCGAAAUGCAAGCCAUCGAUGAACUAUGCGCCACGACUCUGAGACUACGAAUGGUUUUGCGAAAUCAAGGAGUCUCUCCUUUACGUGGAUGAUGUAACUAAAAAUCCAUGCGACCCCAUGGCUUUUGUUCUUAUUUGUAGUGUUGCUCAAUAUCGGAUGUUGUGCUGUUUCCUGACGUAUGACGUGAGAAACAUGUCUCUCAUCCGAACCGUCCACCCUUUUGUUGCAAUUGUUGUUACUCGUCAAUGCAAUUAUUUCAAUGACGAUAGACUCCUGUCUCU